AUGAAAAAUUCGUACAUAGCCAGUAUCGAAGUGGAAAAAUCUAAUAUAUUACAUGUUGAUUCAAAAAAAGAUCAUAAAUUAAAAUCAGGUAGGAUACAAGGCACUUCCUAUAAACAAAAUGAAGAAAACGCAUUUGCUUUUUCUUCAGACGAAGAAGAACGAGAAAAAGAAAUCGAAACUAUAACACUUUAUUCGAAAGAUAGGCUAGUGAAGCCACAUCCUGGGAUAAAAGUAUCUCAAAAAUUUAUUUAUUUUGAAUCUGAGAUAUCUAUUAACCAAGCGAGAGAUAAAGAAAAUGACAAGUCCUUUUUUCGUUCGCGAUCCCCAAAAAGGUAUAAGAAAACAAAGGUAAGGUGGCAAAGUGAAAAUAAUUCUCCAAUACACUGUCAUAUUGGAAAGAGGACGGAAUCACCAACAGCAAAGAAUUUAAUAAAUAAUCAUUUGAAAUCCGAUUUUGAUCAAGAUUAUGAAAAUACUUCUAAUGACAGCAAGAUGGGAAAAUUAGAUACAUUGAAAGACUUUGAUUUUGGAACAAAAUCAUCUACUCUUAGUAGUAUCGAAACAAAUUCUAGGUUUAUUGCACUGGGCAGUAUGAUAAAGGAAUUUGGAUUAAAAUCUUGGCAUUACUUAAGUAAACAUAAUGAUGUAAAGAACCAAUAUAAUAUGGUCAAUAUAGGAAAAAGACAAGGUUCUCAUCACAAUGCCAUUAUUACCGAUCCUGAAACCUUCAGAGAAGAACUACUAUGGGAAGUUAAAAAGACGGUUAAAGCCAUUGCAGAUGGAAAUAUAACAAGGUCAAUAAUGGAGUUGAUGGUUGACAAAAAUACUGGCAGGAUAUUAAAGACGGAAGACAUAAUUUGUAGAAUUGUUUCAUCAAAAGCACAAGCUUUAGCGAGCAGAGUCAGGAUGCAACCUUGUAAACCUGUAAAACUUGUUGUACAACCAAAACAGAAGAUAAGUACUCGAGGUAUCAUUAUGCUUUUAAACAAUCGUAGUUUUUCUUUUGAUAGUUAA